ACACAAUCAAAAUUCUUUGGGUACGGUAGGUACCCUGUGAUUGUUUGAAAAUAUAACCUCCAAGCCAAGUUAUAUGCCGGGAUACUUAUUCUUGUUUAUAUUAUCUUUUCUUAAUCAAGAAUCAAGAUAUUAUUAUACAAAAGGUAAACUAAGCGUUCCCUUUUGUUUAAACAAUUUGGAUCUCCCUAAAGGAUGACGACGCCGAAAAUUGAAAAAGAUUUGCACUUACCUUUGUCAAGGGUAAAAACAAUUAUGAAAAGUUCACCUGAAGUUGAUGCCGUUGGUCCGGAGCCGUUGUAUGUUGUCACAAAAGUAACUGAAUUAUUUGUAUUAGAUCUCGCCAAACGAGCAUUCAAGACAAGUAAAAGUAACAGCUUGGAUUAUAAACACAUAGCUGAAAUUGUUCAACAAGAUGACACUUUAGACUUUCUGAGAGAGAUCAUGCCCAGGAAAAUUACAGUCAGACAGUACAAAGAGUUGAUGGCCAAAAAAGCUGCAAAAGGUGACAACUCGGAUGAGUCCAGUGAAGAAUCUUGUGAAGAGGAAAGCGAAGAAGAGGUUUCCGAUGGCCCGAGUCAAGAGUAUUAAUUGUUAAUUAGCUACUAAGUUAUGGUUUUAUUUGUACCUGUCUAAUGUUUAAUAUGAACUGUGGGACAUCAAUGAACUAUGGAACAUGUUGUGAUAUUUUUUUUAUAUUUGCAUGAACUGCGUCAAGUGUCUUUAUGUCUAAGCUGUUUAGUGACCUGUAAAUUGAUUUUUUUUGUAGACAAAACAUAUUAAUUAUUAUGUUUUCAAUAUCAGUGCAUAAUGUUGCCCACACAAUCAGGUUUAGUGUGGAAUGUGGAUACAAGAAUCCAACUAAAG